ACGCGGAUAGCAUUGGCAGAUCAUGGAGGAAUAUCAAGCAAAUUAUACACAUGUAGCUAGCUAGUCUGAGCUCGGUCGAGCAUGGAGGAAGGAACACACAAUCUGGCAUGUCUGAGUAUCGCUCGUUAUUUUUGAAUCUCAGAAAGUUGACUGGACAUUUAUUAAGGUUGUUUUCCUAGAUGUUAAAGAUGUUUUCCUAGCUAAGCCCCGGCCCAAGGGCUGUCUUAAAUUGGGAUGAUGAUGUUUGAUCAUUGUGUUUAUAGCUCCAUGGUUUGAUGGAGAAGUUCAUCAGGGAGCUUGUUCAAGUCCACAAUCAUGACAAUCGUCUAGUUUGGGAAGCAACUUUUGUGGAAACUGGAAGCGUACUCGGUAGUGAGCCUGCCGACUUUUCUGCGACGUUGGAGGGUUGGCCAUUGAAGAUUUUGCUGCAUGUCUGUGACACUUGAAUGGACUAGAUGUUCUUUGGUAGUCCCUGUUUAAUACGAUACGAAUCUUGCUGCUGGACUCUUUACUUUUUCCAGUGAGGUGGUUUGAUCAUGCUGAUGGAUCCCACACUGUGGCUGCAUAUAUUCUAACUGGUCGAGUUAUCCACGGAGCCCAGUCACCUGCGCCAGACUAUUAGUGAUUACUACUAGCAAGCUCGGCCAUGAAGAAAACAAAUUGUAUAGAUGGGUAUUCGUAUAGAUAGUAGGCCUAGGCCUUCUCAUAUUUUCGUACCUCCUGUAUUAAACCGAGAGCCCAGAAGAGAUACAGUCACAGUGGGGCUAGUCAACCGGCCGUGUUGAUUUGUCGAGGAAUUCCAGCAAAUACAGCAUAUCAAUAUCCUGGGUGAAAUUUACCUGUUGAUAAUUCAGCAAGAAGUUGAAGUUACACUACCCACUGUUCCCUUAUUUAACAUCGUGGAUGAGCCCAAGAUGACAAAGACGAUGACUCUACUAUUCUACACCGUUACCAUGGCCAUGGUAGUGACUGUGUUAUCACUGCGUGAGUGUGAACAAACAGCAGGUGUGGUUCAGUUUCCUUACGUAUGUUUGGAUAACAGAUUGGUCAACCCGUGUUUUCAAGGAAGGCACCUCAGGAUAGCACAACCAGAAUGUGUCGGGGAGGUGGACGAGGACAAGAUCUGUGAUAAAUGCACAACUGGAUUCAUAGAAGGCAGCAACUUCUGCAAUGAAUGUAACCCGUGGACUGAGUGUGGGCCGGACGAAAUGGAAGACCCAGAGAAUCCACCCAGUGCAAUAAGAGACCGUACUUGUAUUCGGAAUUCAGCUCCAACAGUAGAAUCCUCAUCUCACAGCCCGCCCUCUGAUGUCACCACUCAACCAACUUGCCCAUCCUGCCCAGAUUGCCCGACAUUGGAUCCAUCAAUCACCAGUACAGUGGAUGGAGCAGAGGGGCCGGGUACAUCCUACGUACCACUACCUGACAGUGACAUUAGCACCGCUCCUCAAGGGGGUACAUCAACCGUCGGCCCCCUGCCAAGGGGUGUGGAUAACAAUGAUAUAGACGCCUGGAAAGGUACUGCCAUUUCUUCUAUCAUUCUGAACAUCAUCCAGUUUAUCAUCUUGUGUGUGGUUGUAUGGAGAUGUUGCCAACGUAAACGUAAACGUAUGCGUAAAUGUCCAAAACACGAAGGUGCAGUAAAGUACAAUAAACAGAAUGGUUGUGAUAUAGAACAAGGUCGUCAGGCACAGCCGCCUGAUCCAAUACUUGAUGCUGUAGAUUGUCACCAAGAGCCACAGAACAAUAACCCCGAUUGCGGAGCUGCACUGGCAGGCAUUGGCUCUGGCCAACCCUGUGUCUUGAAUGUCGACUUGCCUCCAGAAUCGUCUGAAGGAGCAACUACCAGAAGUCCUGAAGCUGCCCCCAACCUUGGGAACCCUACUGUCACAAAAGCCACACCUCCAAAAAGCACUGAUCAGCCAGAAGGGGCCAACAACAUUUCAUCGUCGAGUGAAGACGCUCCUUUCGCAGACGAAGUUUCUUUCGAAGACGAGACUUCGCCUUCGUGUGGCCCCCAGGAAGCAAGGGCUGACAACGAUGCAGCUGGCAGCCGCAGAGUGUCAUCAUCUCCUCAUCGGCGAAGGGCUCCCCCAGCGAGGGACGGCUACAGUGUCGGGGGGGAUACACCAAGUCAGCAGCCGCUGUUGCGUGGCAACGACACAAUAGAUAGUGAAAUUCCAACAAAUGAGUUCCAGCAGAGCGUGCCUGCAACGAACAUUACUAAUCACAUUGGAGACAGCGCAGAGUCCUUGCAGAGUCGGCCAAACGGCACUGCAAGGCAUGAGGCACCUACUGCACCAUACAGGAAAAGUCCAGCAACUUCACCUUCCUACAGUGCAUUUGAGAAAGCAGAAGGUCCGUGUGAAAUGACAUCGAUCUGUAGUGAAUGGCAUAUUGACUAUGUCAAGGACAACAUCAACAUCAAAACUCACGUAGAUUUCUUUGCCAAGCUUGGUUUGAGCAAAAAGGGCUAUGAAACAACGAUGUAUGACAACAGGAAUGAGAAAACCCGGGAACAGGUCAGGCACGUUCUCCUUGAUGAUUUCAUUCAAAACGAACACAAUCCUUCCAUCGACAGACUUCUUUCUGCAUUGGAAAGGAGUGGUAACAAUGAUGUCAGCAGGGGGUUCAAGGUAAAAUUCAGUGUCACCAGCAGUGCAGGAUCUUAAAGUCAUCACAUGGUUGCAGUGCUGUACCGACUCCAUAUAGUCCAUCACAAGUAACAAGGGAUAAACAUUCCGCCCCCCCCCCUAAGAUC